GAAGUGUGAGGCUGCGGAACCGGAGCCAUGACUGAGGCCGAUGUAAAUCCGAAAGCCUAUCCCCUGGCGGAUGCCCACCUUACCAAGAAGCUGUUGGACCUUGUCCAGCAGUCCUGUAACUACAAACAGCUUCGGAAAGGAGCCAAUGAGGCCACCAAAACCCUGAACAGAGGCAUCUCCGAAUUUAUCGUGAUGGCUGCGGACGCUGAGCCACUGGAGAUCAUCCUGCACCUCCCUCUGCUGUGUGAAGACAAAAACGUGCCCUAUGUGUUUGUGCGCUCCAAGCAGGCCCUGGGGCGGGCCUGUGGCGUGUCCAGGCCCGUCAUCGCCUGCUCUCAGUGGACGGUCUACUUUGACAUUUUCUCUACUGUACUUCGUGUCUGA